CCUCAAUGAUCAUGGCAGAUGAGCCAACGUCUGAGGCCACUAUCCCAGAAACAUCAGGAGGUCCAUUGAAGUCGUGCAGACAAAAGACCGGGAAAGCAAAAAGAAAAAUUGUCACCACGGAGCAGUCCACAAUAAAUGAAUUAACUGCAGAAAACCUAUCGCUUGACAAUGUCAGGAUUAGGGAGGAGACCAAACAAAUCAAGCUCCAGAUGGACCUAUUAUUAGAACAAAAAAAUGCACUUAUUUCAGUGAAGAUUUCUGAUGCUGCCAAAAGUUAUUAUUUACAAAGGUCUUCCAUUGAGUUUCAUUCAGGAAAUCCUUUUGUAGAUUCCUUUACUUUUAAUAAAUAAUUCUGCUCAACCAAUUCAUUGGAUAUUUGAAAGUAACA